AGUCAUCGACAACGAAACAAUUCAAUCAUGUUUCAUAUCUCUGAUGAAAUAACCCCCUUUUUAGUCUAAAUUCACUCUCAAUCUGUCUUCCUCAACCCUAAAAAUCCAAUCUUUACUGCAAUUUCAUAGAUCAGUCAAUUUGGAGAAUCUGUGCGCGACCCUCUCUCGUUUCCCUUUUAUUAUCCCAAACCCAUUUCCUGUUUUCACUGUAAAAUUAACAAAAUUCAUGUACCAAUUACCAUAUUUCAGUGUAUAUCAAUAAGUAUCUGCUGCAAAUUGUUAUUUAGCUUAUCUCUAGUUGAUUCCUCGAAGAUUCUUGAUGGCUGCUGCUCUGAGGUCAAAGUCAUCGAGAGAUACAGCUUCACUUGCUGCAUCGCAAUUCAGAUACUUCAUCCAGACCCAUAAGCAAGCGGGUCGGGCCAACCGAUUCCAGUGGAGCUCCGUUUCCGGCAGCAAUCAUCACCGGAGCUCGAGUUUUCUAUCGGGCUUCACCCCAUUCAAGCCCCUCUACAUCGGUAGCGGCAACAAUACAUCGAUAUUCUUCAAGAAUGGGAGGAGAAUUGAGAAUUUCAGCUCUCAGGGCGAACCGCCGGAGGUGUGGCAGCCACCGGGGGGAGCAGGGGGUGAUGGGAUUGUGGUGAGGCCAGGGGUCAAAUUGUUUCAAGUGGGGGAUAAUGAUGGCUCCAAUUCCGGCUCGGGUGGGGGGUUUGGACAAGGCCAGAAGGACGGAUGCUGGGGCGGGUCGAACCUCGGGUCGAACUUCCCAACCCCCAAGGAGAUAUGUAGAGGUCUUGACAAGUUUGUGAUUGGCCAGGAGAGAGCUAAAAAGGUUCUUGCUGUAGCUGUGUAUAAUCACUACAAGAGGAUAUACAGUGACUCUUCGCAAAGGCCUGCUGAGAGUGCGGAUGGUAACAAAACCGAUGGGAAGGAGAAUGAGCAUGUUGAACUUGAGAAAAGCAACAUUCUUUUGAUGGGACCAACCGGUUCAGGGAAGACACUACUCGCCAAAACUUUGGCACGGUUGGUGAACGUUCCCUUUGUAAUAGCUGAUGCAACUACACUUACUCAGGCAGGAUAUGUUGGGGAAGAUGUCGAGUCCAUUUUAUACAAGCUGCUUACGGCUGCAGACUAUAAUGUUGCAGCAGCUCAGCAGGGAAUAAUUUAUAUUGAUGAAGUAGAUAAGAUAACAAAAAAGGCUGAGAGCCUAAACAUUAGUAGGGAUGUAUCCGGGGAAGGUGUCCAGCAAGCGCUAUUGAAAAUGCUCGAGGGAACUGUGGUCAAUGUCCCAGAGAAGGGUGCUCGGAAACAUCCAAGAGGUGAUAAUAUUCAGAUUGACACGAAAGACAUCCUCUUUAUAUGCGGCGGAGCCUUUAUUGACCUGGAAAAAACAAUCUCAGAAAGACGCCAUGAUUCCUCUAUUGGGUUUGGUGCUCCUGUACGGGCUAAUAUGAGAACAGGCGGUGUUACAAGUGCUGCUGUAACCUCAUCCUUACUAGAAACAGUUGAGAGUAGCGAUCUUAUUGCAUACGGGCUAAUACCUGAGUUUGUUGGGCGAUUUCCUAUCCUUGUGAAUUUGUCGGCACUUACUGAGGAUCAGCUUGUUCAGGUUCUAACCGAGCCUAAGAAUGCGUUAGGGAAGCAGUAUAAGAAAAUGUUCCAUAUGAAUGGAGUGAAGCUGCACUUCACGGAGGAUGCAUUGAGAUUGAUCGCAAGGAAAGCAAUAACCAAGAACACCGGAGCUAGGGGUUUAAGAGCGAUGCUGGAGAACGUUUUGAUGGAUGCAAUGUACGAGAUCCCUGAUGUUAGAACCGGAGAUGACAUAAUAGACGCAGUCGUGGUAGAUGCAGAGUCGAUUGGAUCUGAGGCACGUGGCUGUGGGGCCAAAAUCCUCUACGGCAAGGGAUCAUACGAGCGAUACUCUUCGCAAGACAAGGGGAAGGAGUCGCAGCAGGCGGCGUCUGCAGAAACGAGCGAAGGGGAGGGCGAGGCCGAGCAAGAGCUUCCCUCCAUUGCAGCAUUGUAAACUUUGGGUAGUAAGGAGACAUGUACAGCAGCAUAUAAUAAAACUGAAUAAUUUAUUUAGCAGAUGUAGCAAACUUUUCUCUUAUUUGUUGCCACUUUAUACAUGUAAAUGGAAGGAAUGAUGAUCUCUCAUUCUCUCAUGAAUAUGGUGCCUCUUUUAUAGUA